AUGAUCAUGUGCCCUCGGAGCUCGUCCUUCGACGGGGCCGUCUCAGUCUCUUACCGCCCAUCCGUCCCGCACCCACCUAUUUCGCCGUCCGGAGUCGAGUCGCCGUCGCGGCUAGGCCAGAGCCGUUUGGACGACCUGGGGAUGCGCUCGCUGGAGAGCAAGCUUGAGCUGCUCCACGCGCAGCGAGAGCUGAGCGCCCUUCGCUGCCAGACGUUCAUCGACCAGCUCGAAUCCGCCUUCCAAUCGCAACCCCCCACCCAAGCCGUCCGACUAGCACGCCGCCCUCCUUCCGUGCGGGCGCGUCGCGCGUCGCUCGAUCUGUCGAGGGUGGAGGGCGCGCAGUUGGCGCAGGAGCUGCGGUUCUACGAUGAGCCGGCGAGACGCGGCGAUGACGUGCGGGAGGCGGAGAUGAUGGCACAAGAGGCGACUCGAUGA